UGCAAAAGCUGCGCAUGCUCUUUUAAGCCAAAUGUUCAUGUGUUCUUCUUACGUUGUCUCCGGUGGAGGUCAUAGACAGAACUGACAAAACCUUAGGGUCAUUGUGUUGCUGUCAUCAUGGCGAAACUGUUCGAGUCCAUCGGGAAGUUGGGGCUGGCUCUGGCCGUUGGUGGAGGUGUUGUGAACUCUGCCCUCUUUAAUGUUGAUGCAGGACAUCGAGCAGUCAUCUUCGACAGAUUCCGGGGAGUUCAAGAGGCAGUGGUUGGAGAAGGCACCCACUUCCUUAUUCCUUGGGUUCAGAAACCAAUCAUUUUUGAUUGUCGUUCCCGUCCACGUAACGUACCUGUCAUCACAGGCAGCAAAGAUCUCCAGAAUGUAAACAUCACAUUGCGUAUCCUCUUCCGGCCGGUUGCUGGCCAGCUCCCACGCAUCUUCACCAGCAUCGGAGAGGACUACGACGAGAGGGUGCUUCCUUCUAUUACCACAGAAGUCCUGAAGUCUGUGGUGGCACGGUUUGAUGCAGGUGAACUCAUUACCCAGCGAGAGCUUGUGUCCCGGCAGGUCAGUGAGGACCUGACGGAAAGAGCCUCUACUUUCGGCCUCAUAUUAGAUGACGUUUCACUGACACACUUGACGUUUGGGAAGGAGUUUACAGAGGCUGUUGAAAUGAAGCAGGUGGCCCAGCAGGAGGCUGAGAGAGCCAGGUUUGUGGUGGAAAAGGCAGAGCAACAGAAGCAGGCUGCCAUCAUCUCAGCCGAAGGCGAUUCUCAGGCUGCUCUGCUCAUUGCCAACUCCCUGCAGGAGGCCGGAGAUGGUUUGGUAGAGCUGCGCAAGCUCGAGGCAGCGGAAGACAUCGCCUUCCAGCUGUCACGCUCCCGCAAUGUGACCUACCUGCCCACAGGCCAGGGCACUCUCCUCCAGCUGCCCCAGUGAUACUCACAACCCCCCCCCUAACUACCCCCUCUCUGUGACCCGCAACUACAUUAGUCACGGGAGGGGCGUGGAUGCAGGAGACGGCAGCGAAGGCUUUCCACUUUCGUUCUCAGUGUCUUCUCAUUCCCUCUCCUAGUAAUGACUAGAUGUUAUGGUGGCUUGGAGGGGGAAUGAGAAGGGAUCCAUGAUAUGGAUAUUCUGAGGAGUGUGUGAAGGAGGUAAUGGCUUGAUAUAUGGUAAACUUACACAUUUACGUUCUGUCAAAAUUACAUAAUUGUGGAUGCAGUCAAAUUCUCUGGAUUUGUCUUUACAAUGUAUUUGCAAAUUCUGAGCAGUAUGUGAUUGAAAGAUAUAGGGAGGAAAUGUUGAGGAGUAUGGAAUUAUAUAAAAGAUGGGACUUUACCGCACUAAUGUUACCACAAAUAGUCUAAUAGGUGGGAAACAAGCAGUUCAAAUCAACUGCAUCUACAUGUGUUGAGUAUAUUAUUUAUCUUAAGUACAUGUCUUUCUUCUUUAUUUUUUUGACUGUUGUGCUGAGAUGGCCUGUUCAAUUCUACUGCUCAAGCUGGUUUUCCUGAAAUCCCAACCAUUUGGUAGCACUUGAGCCCAGUGCUGCCCAUCCUGUACAGGAUUAAAGGUUGAAUCAAGUAAUGUCUCAGAAAGCCCACUCCUAUACAGCCCUUUGUCCAGUGGAAUGAAUUGUGCCUGUCAGAAGUGGGGUGAGAUUAGUUAACCUGCCAUGUUUUAUAGUUUGUUGCUGUCUUUUUGUCAGGAGAAAUUCCAAGACCUCGUAUUCCACGCAAAAUGUCUCAAUAAAUUUGAUUUGUCUCAUUUCUAAAGCA